AUGAAAAAAAUAAAAAAUCUCGGAGGCAUUGAUAUUACUCCUGAUGACAAAGAGGGAUACUUUUCAAAACUUUUCAUUCCAGACUCAGAAAUUAAAUUUGUUACCCAUGGGUGGACUGCAGACGAGAAAUCUAUUGCCUAUCUUCUAAACGAAGAUGACAUCAACGUCGUUGAGAUCGGAUGGGGUUCGUUAUCGAAGAACGAAUACACUAUGACGACCAUGGUCUUGAAAAAAGUUGCACACUACGUCGGAAAGACCAUCCUCAAGAUACUGGAUGAAGGAGUUUCUGAACUGGAGAAAAUCCAUGUGAUAGGGCACAGCCUGGGAGCUCACGUGGCUGGUCUGAUUGGUGGAUACAUAAAGUCUGCAGGUCGUGGCUUGGUGGCAAGGGUGACGGCUGACUGUGCUCACUCCAAGGCGUACCAUUGGUACAUAGCUAGUAUUCACCACAGCCAGGCGUUCUCUGCAGUUAAGUGCGAUUCAUAUAUGUCAUACGAGCUGAGGAAGUGCGAGGGCAAUGAAGUGGCAUAUAUGGGUGCUAAUACAUCACCAAGUACACGAGGGUGCUACUAUCUUACGACGAAUAGCACAACUUCGAAUGAAGAAGCGUAUAUUGAGACGUCAACGUUAUCAAGCCAAUAGUUUAUUUACAUAAAAAAAUGUAAAUAUUUUAUUCAAACUCAUUAAAAUUCAUUAAUUAUGUUGUAUCUUUUCUUUGCGAUAUAUUUAUAUUCUAUUAUUAAUGAGUACAAUAUUACAAAAUAUACAUUUUUUUUUAAAUUAAGGACUCCAGCAUUUUUUUCUAAUACAGG